GUUCUAUCAUGUCUCUGAAGGCUGGAAGUCCAAAGGCAGGUUAUCACCAGGUUCUUCCUAAGGAUUCUAGAGAGAGGAUCUGACACAAGAUGCCUUGGCAUGGAGAUGGAGGCCUUUUCUUGACAUCCCUCAUCAACAGCGUCUGUUCAAUUUUUCCAUUUUCAUGUCCAUUUCAAAAAGGACACCAAUUUACUGGCUUAGGGUCCCAUCCCUGAUCUCAUUUAAGCUUAAUUACCUCCUGAUAACUCCUGUCUGGGCAUAUAGGCCCAGAGGAGAACCUAGCUUCAGCCUAUGAGUGAGGUGCAGUUUACUCUGUAGCAGGCGCACGCGCAGUGGGCAGAGAGCAGGGAGAUAGGUCCCCUGCUACCUUUUCUUUUUAAAGCUGCUUUGUUCUAGGAUGGAAAGACCCAAGUUGAAGGCUCUUCAGAGCUUAGAAGGCAUCAGAGCACCCCGCUCCUUCUGAGACCCUGGUUUCCUGCUGUGUGAAAAGGUGCUUUCACUGCCCUGAGGAUGCAUGCUCUCGUCCCAGUUCACAGGCAUUUAAAAGUGAACAAGAAAUCUUUUUCUGAGAGGCUCAGCUUCUCAGGGGAGUUGAGGUCACUCUCCCUCAGGGAGAUGAGUCCACCAGCCAGCUCCUGGGUUCUGGUCCACAAGUUUCCAGCAGGUGCUUCCUCGCAGUAUGCUUCUAUGGGACAAAGGCAGAGCCACCAAGGCUGCCAUCAGACCAUUCUGCAGGGAGGAGAGUGUUUCCCAGCUGGCGGGGGCCCCAGGAGCAGUGGCCGUGGGAAGCAGACUGCUGUGGUCGUAAGCCAUGGCCUGGACUUCCGUCCUGCUCAUGCUGGUGGCCCACCUGACAGGUUGUGGCCCUCAGCCCACGCUGUAUCAGCCACCGUCUGCCUCUUCCUCGCUUGGAACCACCAUCCGCCUCUCCUGUGCCCUGAGCAGCAACUAUAACAUCAACAUUUACAGCAUCUACUGGUACCAGCAGCAUCCAGGCCACCCUCCCAGGUUCCUGCUGAGAUAUUUCUCACGCUCAGACAAGCACCAGGGUCCCAAGAUACCCCCUCGCUUCUCCGGAUCCAAAGAUGUGGCCAGGAACCUGGGGUAUCUGUGGAUCUCUGAACUGCAGCCUGAGGACGAGGCUAUGUAUUAUUGUGCCAUGGGGCUCCGGAGCCAGGAAAAGGAGAACUGGAUGGAGAGGGAGAGAGGAGGAGAAAAGUAGUUUACAGAUUUAGAAUCCCAGGCUCUGGAGGUGCCCUUUGCUUUGCUCAGUGAGGCUGGUAUAGGAAGGAGGGGUAGAGCAUUGGGGUUUCACAGAGCCAAGAUGGAGCCAUUCAGCUUUUCCAUGUCUUGCAAUGUUGCUGUGAGCCCCACUGGAGGCUGGAUUAUAGAAUUAAAGCUCUUUUUCUGA